CUACAAUAGCCUUUAUGUCGUCCAUAGUUUAAAAGACCAAAAUCUGUAAAAAGGAUUAUAUUUCAAUGGUAACUGAUACUUCCGCACCGGUUAGAUAUCAAGCUCUCGAUGAUCCAGACGUGGAAGUUUUGAAAGGACUCUCACUUGUGAAGUGUAAAGACACAUAUUCAUAGACUCAACAUGCUUGCCGGAGGUGCUGGUCCAGUUCAGAAAGCCAAUGAUGAUGUCAAGGCAGUCUGUAAUGAGCUAAAGGCAGAAAUCCUGCAGAAAGCUGAGAAAGAUGCAGUAGAGAUUUUCGAAGCGGUCUCGUACAGAAGCCAAUUGGUAGCUGGAACUAAUCUCUUUGUAAAGAUCAAAGUGAAUUCAAAUGGAGAAUGUAUUCAUGCCCGGAUCUUCCAGCCCCUGCCAUGCAAUAUAGAGGAUGGCGGCAAAACGGCAGAGCUUCACAGCGUACAGAAAGACAAACAGAUGGCAGAUGAAGUGGCAUACUUUUAGACACUUUGCUAAACGUUUGUCAUGAUUAAUUUUUGAAUUAUCAUGAGGUUAAACAUUGAUUGUAUAAAUCCUUUCUAAAAGACAACUUGUCUGACAAAAGAUUAUAAUGAUUGCCAUUCAACAUGCAUUUUUUUCCAUGGUUUUUAUUUAUAUACCACUACCAGUUAUGAAAAUUGAAUACUGGGCAGCUGUGUCAAUUAUAUCACUUUUUUAAAUCCUGCAUAUGAUUUUUUUUUCCUUUUUUAUUUUGACCAAUUAUUUUUUAUUACUACCGGUAUUAUACCUGUACAUGUAAAGGAAAUUUAUCAUAAUUUAAUACUGUUAUUUUGUUGAUGUUGAAACUUACAUGUUAUGUUUGACUAUUUUUUCCUUAACAUUAGAAAAUUUGAAUUAUGCCAUAAACAUUAUACAGAAUUUGACUGGUAAUUCUCCUGUAGUGUUAUAUGAAAUUCUAAAAUACUCAAACUUCAGUGUAAAGUGUAGUUUUUAUUUUACUGUAAUAUAAAAUAAUAUGUUAUUCAAGGGCAAGUAAAAAUCUUGUGCAAUGUUUAUUUUUGUAGCUUUUUUCAUAAGCAUACAUUUAUAUAGCUUGUAUUUUCACUUUCAAGUUAUUUGUAAAUGGUAUUGAAAUAAAAUAUAGUACAUAU